UCCAGCAGCAGGAGCAGAGGGCCAGGCUGCAGGCAGAGCUCCUCCCCCAGAGGAUAAUCCUCAUCUCCUCACCAAGUCCUAAUGCAAUCAGGAAGGAAUCACACUCACCUCAAGCAAACCUGGGUCUGGAGGCGACUGAACGUAGAAAAGCUUUAAUAGGAAAAACCAAUUGGACGAGAAGAGACAUGGAUAUUUGCUUUGCGCGUUUUUCUCUGCUGUGUAGAAUCUGACUGUGAGAAGAGGAUCUUCUAUAAUGUGACAGCUGUUGUUGAAUUUCAUCUAUUGAGGAGAAACUCAUCCAACGUCCAGCUGGUUCAUUUUCACUUUUAUUCCCCAUCAUCCAGCAUCACGAUGAAAUACAACGUGGCUUUAACUCUGAUCAUCGCGGCUCUGUGGCGGGUCAGUGGCGAACCUCAAACUCUCUCCUCUCCCGCGAUGCAGUUAAACUCGACAUCCUCCUCCUCCUCAUCUUCAUCAUCCGUCGAACAUGAAGUGACUAACGUGACGGACUCUGCGGUGGGAUCCCGCAUCUCUUCUCUGAUGACGCACCUGCCAACUCUGAAAAACAUUGUUAUUCUCAUCUGCGUGUUAACAGCUGCUCUCAUCACGUGUCUGGUCAUCAAAGUGGUCAGAUCAGGAAGACGGAUCAGAAAAACGAGAAAAUAUGAUAUCAUAACGACGCCUGCAGAACGUGUUGAGAUGGCCCCUCUUAAUGAGGAGAACGAUGACGAGGACGACUCGACACUCUUUGAUGUCAAAUACAGGUGAAUCCCAGCGUGGACGUGCAUAUCUGAUAACUCCCUUCUUGUGCAGGACAACUCAAGUGGUUCCCAUUAUUUUUUUUUUUGUGGUCAAGUUUAACCAAAUCAUUGUUAAUAUGCUGCUUGUGCAUGGCUUUAAUCUGUGUUUAAAAGACUGGAGCCCAGUGGAUAUCAUUGUUUGCUGCUUCACUGACGCUUUAGUCACGUUGCCCAGUUCUUUCCAAUGUUAGAGAUCAGGAUGUUUCCUUUAGUUACUUCAAUCAGGCUGUUGGGAGUCUGGAGGUCAGUCGUCUCCAUAACAAAUCGGCACAUGUGAAUUUAGCUUUUUAUUUUUACAUUGCCUCAAAGUUAAUGUCAUAUACUUCAUUGUUUUGUGCUUUAGCUACAGUGUGAAGUCUGUUAGGCUGAAGAGUUUAUGUAGGAAUCAAUACCUGCUUUGAUCCAUCUUUAUCAGAAUGCAGGGUUAAUCAAGGCUUUUUCUGAUAUAUUUUGUAAUCUUUAAAUAAAUAAAUACCCGGUGGCCUCUAAAGUCAGUUGCUGCACAAAAAUCUUUAACAUGCAACUAAUCUCAUGCAGAAAAUACUUAGUUGCAAUGUAAAAUUUGCACAUAAAGACAAAUCUAGUUAUGUAAACAGUAAUUGAGUUUUUUAAACUAAACUUUAAUACCAAAUAUAUCUACUGACCACUUUAUUGUGCAUAUAUACUGUUGAAGGCGCUCUGUCUUUAAGGAGUGAUCGUAUAAUUUUUUUACGGUGUGUUGUUUGAAGACAUUCCUAGUUUGCUGCUAUCUCAGCUGAAGUUUUAUGUUUUCAAAAUUUUAUGAAAAUCUUCAAUACUGUCGGUAUAUAUUUGUAUUUAUGGAAGACAUCCAUAUGCUGUGAAUGUGAAUGCUGCGAUCUGUUGUGAUCAGGUGUGUUUGGUCCAUAGUCUGUAUGGAAAGAUGGACGACGCGUCUCCACUUCCUCCCACUAUACAAAAAUGAAGCCAAAAUAUCUUGGAUACGAACGCUGCCAUCCACUAAAAUGGAGUAGGUGGGGUUUAUGAACUGUACUACAACCAGCCACUAGGGGGCAAAUCAAGAUUAUUUGGCUUCACUUUUUGACAGCGGUCAUGUCGUCCAUCUUCAUAUACAUUCUAUAGUUCAAUCAUGUGAUAAAAAAACGACUGUAGUGAAGUAUGUAACACGCACAAUGCACACCCAGUGUCUUACGUAAAGUCAGAAAAUAUCAUGUCAAGUUGCUCCAUUAAAAAUGAUCCUCUAAUCUGGCUUCUCGUGGGACCAGAGUUUGUGUGUGAGCAGCCAGUGCUGUUUUAUGUUUAUUCCCUCACAAUCAUUUCCAUUAAUGGCUCACUGACCUUUGUAAUGUUUAACUUGAAAAGGGCCUUUUUCCAGAAGAGUUGCUUAUCUGUGCCACAUGGAGUUUGGUGAUGAGGGUGUGUAUUUCUAAAUUUGGGUGAAAUAUUUUUAAAGUUUUUCAUUAACCAGUCA